AUGAUCCCUACACAGUUUGAUAACUGGACAACACACUCUAACUCGUCAGGAAAAGAAUCAACUGCAACAUGGCAAGUCAUAAAUCAGGUUGUUGUCUUCAGUAUUCUCACCAUGAUCAUAGCUGGAACUAUCUUUGGAAAUCUUUUGGUAAUUGCUUCAAUCGCCUACUUCACCAAACUGCGGACUCCAACUAACGCUUUUAUAGUCUCCCUGGCUGUUGCAGAUUUCCUCGUUGGCAUUAUUGUAAUGCCUUUCAGUAUGACCAAGCUGGUCUUUGGAUGGUAUUUUGGAAAAACAUUUUGCAAAAUCCACACGAUCAUGGAUGUAAUGCUGUGCACCGCUUCCAUCAUGAACGUCAGCUGCAUUGCCUUCGAUCGAUUCUAUGCCGUGUGUUACCCCCUGAAAUAUCGGUUCAGGAUGUCUCAGAAAAGAGUGACCAUCCUCCUUCUGAUUUGUUGGUUUGUUCCUGCUUUGGUGUCGUUUGUGCCCUUGUUCCUAGAUGUUCAUUUGAGGGGUUUGGAGGCCAUUCUACAACCCCUCGAUCCACACAGUUGUGUGUUUAUGGUCAAUAUUCCUUAUGCUGUCUCUGCUUCAGUAAUCGCCUUCUACUUUCCCAUGUUGGUGAUGCUAGUGGCAUAUGGAAAAAUUUUUCAAGUAGCAAGGCUCCAAGACAGACAGAUAUAUAGCAUUGAAAACGGGAUACAGGGAGGAAGCACUUUGACGCGGUUCCAAAAUUCUUCCAUGGAGAAAGAAAGGAAAGCAGCUAAAACUCUUGGCAUCAUCAUGGGAUGUUUCCUGAUCUGCUGGUUGCCAUUCUUUACUAUGAAUAUAAUUAACCCUUUGCUUGGAUACCCAGCACAUCAUGUUCUUCUUGAAGUUUUUUUAUGGUUGGGUUAUGUUAAUUCAACUCUCAAUCCUUUGUUAUACGCUUUCUUCAAUCAAUCUUUCCGGCAAGCUUUCUACAUGAUAAUUGGCUGUAAGGUUUUGGCCAACAAUUGCCAAAAUAACCACUUGUCAGACAGCACCAGACAGAAUACACAUCUUGCAACCCUGUCACGUUAA